AUGGGAGACUUUGCAAACGAGAGUAUCGUCAGCAACUCCAGUGGAGCCCGGUGCCACCGAGACACCACCGUCACCCACCUGGUCUUCCCAGUCCUCUACACGCUCGUCUUCCUCCUCGGACUCGUACUGAACAGCCUGGCUUGCUGGGCUUUCUUCCAUAUUCCAAGUACAUCAACUUUCAUCAUCUACCUGAAAAACAUCUUAGUUUCUGAUUUUAUAAUGACCCUGAUGCUUCCUCUGAAAAUCCUGACGGACUCUGGCCUGGGACCGUGGCAACUCAAAGCCUUCGUCUGUCGCUUCUCAGCCGUCGUAUUUUAUGACACCAUGUACAUCAGCAUUGUGCUGCUCGGUCUCAUUGCUUCUGACAGAUUUCUCAAGAUUGUGAGACCUUUUGGGAAGUUCUGGGUGCAAAACCUGACCUCAGCAAAGAUCCUGGCGGGUCUAGUCUGGCUCUUCUUCCUCGCCAUCUCUCUGCCUAACAUGAUCUUAUCGAACAAGAAAGCGACGCCCCAAUCCGUGAAGAAAUGUGCCUCGCUGAAGAGUCAGUUGGGACUCAAAUGGCACGAGGCCGUCAGUUACAUCUGUCAGUUCAUCUUCUGGACCGUUCUCAUCCUCAUGUUUGUGUUUUAUACAGUUAUAGCCAAAAAGGUAUACGAGUCUUACAUAAAAACACAGAAGAAAGACAACAAAAGUGAAAAAAGGAUCAAGGGGAAAGUAUUCAUCAUUUUCACCGUGUUUUUCUUAUGCUUUGCCCCCUUCCAUUUCAGCAGGGUUCCCUACAACCUGAGCCAGACGAGCACCCGCAUGGACGGUCGCCUGCAGAACCGGCUCUUUGUGGCCAAGGAAAGCACCCUGUGGCUGGCUGCCACCAACGUCUGCACGGACCCCCUCAUAUACCUCUUCUUGUGCAAGCCGUUUGUGGAAAAGGUGUUGUACAGACGAGUAAAGACCUUUCGGAAAACAGUUCACACAAGCCCCAAAACCGAACUGGACACACGGCUGUCUCCCACGGAAUCCUGA